ACAUGAUGUCGCAUUUUGUGUUGUUUCUUCACAAGAAGUAGAAAACCAGCUCUCUCUCUCUCUCUCCCCACCUUCUCUCUCACUGUAGUUUCUCUCUCAAAAUUUUGGAGGAAUUGAUUGGAAAAUUAGAGAAUUUGUGAGCUGUGUUAUCUGGUGACUGGCACAUUAUCGGAUUAUGUUUUAGAAGAUAUUCGAGUUCGAUUGUGCUGGAAAUUUUGAUGCAGUCCGAUUGGAUUUUUGGGAGGAUAUUUGUGUCGCGAGGUAAAUUUUUGACAGAUUUGAGAUCGGUUUCGUGGAUGAGAAGAUCGCAAUUGAUCGAAGACACCUCGUAAAUCACCUUGUUUCUCUGCUGAAAGCGCAGUUUUCAGCGCUUUUGGGAGCAAAUCAGCUGAAAUUGCUGUGAGUUCUGCUUGUUUUCGAGAGGCAUUUGGAGGACUCCGGCUUUACUGAUUUUUUUUAUCAGAUUUUAUCGGCAGAGAUUGUAGGUUGCAGUGGAGGAUAACAAGUAUUUUGCAGGCGUACAAAAGGGGGAGAUGGAGCGGAACAUUACUCACUCCACCAAUCGAGACGGCUUAUUGUUGAGAUCUGAAUCCAAGUCAGCUGCUACGACGUCGUCCGACUUCGUCUUGCAGUGGGGCAACAGGAAAAGGCUACGCUGCAUGAAGUUCCAGGCCAAGGACCACAGCAAUAACAACUCAUCCGGUUCGGGUCCGGUUCAGCGUGCCACGACCCGGAUCGAUCGGCGGGUCGUCCGGUCGGAUCUCAGCAAGAGAGAGGAUCCGAAUUCGAAUCAGCUCAACAGUAAUAUUAAUGCUGGUAAGAGCAACGGCGGCGGUAACGGGUAUUUGAAUCUCCGUCAGCGGCCGGCCUCUCCGUCGCAUCGAAUUUUGAGGAAUUUAGAGAGUUCGCUUGGUAUGAGAGGGCAUAGUAUCGGUGUAAGGGGAUUAACAUCCCCAGAAAGAGGAGAGAAGAGAGGUGGUGGUACCACCGGCAAUAAUAAUAGUACCCACCUCCACAGUAGCAACAAGAACAACAACAACAAUAUUUCUAGCCAUCACAACGACAGCAACCACUACCAACACGGCCUCGGCCACGGCGGCGGCUCCGGGUCGUCCGGGACAUGCCACGAUGAGAAGAAAGGCGGCUCGUCCUCCGGCGGCGACACCACCAUCGUGGCGGUGUGGCCGCCGAAGUUCGUGAUCGCCUUGACCAACAAGGAGAAGGAAGAAGACUUCAUGGCGAUCAAAGGGUCCAAGCUCCCUCAGAGACCCAAGAAGCGAGCCAAGUUUAUACAGCGCACACUCAACUUGGUUAGUCCAGGUGCGUGGUUAUGCGAUCUCACCUUGGAAAGGUACGAGGUCAGAGAGAAGAAGGUUUCUAAGAAGGUAUGCUUCUCUCUCUCUCUAGUUUAUUACUCCAUUCGUCCCAUUAUUUUUUGAGCAAUUAAGAAUGUGUAUUUAGUAGAUAGUGAGUUGAUGAAAAUUAUUUAAAUAUUAGGUAUAGAGAGAAUAUGUUAUCAAUAAAGGAAUGAAACAUUUAUGGUGGAAUAUCCCAUUAUGGAAAAGUGUGACAUUUAUAAUGAGACGGAAUGAGUAAUUUGAAUUGUUUGAUUUAUUCAGAGACCUCUCUCUUUCUAGUUUUAUUAAUUUGAAUUGUUUGAUUUAUUCAGAGACCAAGAGGGUUGAAGGCGAUGGGAAACGUGGAGUCAGAUUCAGAGUAAGAGGGGAAGAAGAUUUGGCGAUGAGAUUAGUAGAAAGAUUUGUGAAAAAUAUUUCCCAAGAAAUGGGCUUUCAAGAUAAAUUCUUGUGGUUCAAUAUAAAUUAUGAUUUGCAUCUUUGCUUUUCAAUGCACAGCCAUCGUUGUUCA